CGUCCUUGAGUUACGAGUGUAACGCGACCCCGGAUACCUCGGUCGAUGGUUCCGCAUUCUGUGUCUGCUUUAUCAUUGAUGUGGCAUGUGAACAUUCGAUUCAUUGUAUGGCCACUUGUAACGAUGAUGAAGUGUUAAGCCAUCGCGAUACUGUCUCUUGCAACGGCAUCCUCUUUGUCAAUCCACCCGAGCUGUACUUUACUUCGGCAUUUAGUGGUCCUACAGAGAACCGUCAGAAAACCAUGCCUCCUAGAACAGAAAUGGACUCGGCCCACAUGGUUACAUCUCUUGAAGAUAUCCACGACCUUGAUGAAUGCAUUGCACCAGAACUUCCAACGAAAACCGCAGUUCUCACUAAUGAAUCACCGCCAAAUCACUGCCAUCCAAGCGCUAUUUUCAACUUAUCUGCACUAAAGGACUCCCCACAUGGCGAGAUCGACAAUGACGAUAACAAUUCUUACGAGUCUGGCUCAUUGAUUUCGUCGCACGACGACCAAAGUGAUCUAUUCGUACGAAGGUCGCUUUAUCGACAAAGACUUGAGGCUUGUUCUGAACGGUUAAAGAACCUCCGUGCUAAAUCAGCUGCUCUCCUGGCUCGACUUGUGGCACUUAACCCACCCAGAUUGGACAAUCCUUCUGCUGAUGGUACUCCCUCAACUAUCUCUCGUAUACUGACAGAGGAUGAAACCGAAAGUAGCACGGACGAUGAGGCAUGUUCACCCGCUAUGUCGAGCCUAGAAGAGCAAUGGUUAUGCACGAGAGCUGUAACCUACUCUUACUGGUAUUGGCUACAAUCCGAGAUAAGACGAAGUAAACAGAUACUGCGAAACCUCCGAUUAACAAAGGCAAGCUAUCGCAAAUGGAAAUCGGAGUUUCCAGUUCAACCAACCUUUGAUGAUGCUUCCUGCUCACGAGUAAACCCUUUCUUAAAGCAUCUUUCCAAACGACACUCCUUCCAUGAUUUGGGUUCCCCCAACUGUGAGCAGUUACUGCGGAAACUAAGCUCCUCGUCUACUGAAGCUUCUAUGCGAUGCUCUUGCAUUCCUGGCCACACUGGGCCAUGUAUUCUUUGCUGUGGAGCAACAUCAACCGUCACACUCCCAUCUGUGGAGCCUCAAAGCGCGGAUCUUCUCCAUUGCGCCCGUCCUUUAUCGGGAUGCAUUCACCACAAACUUUCGCUUCCCGGAGAUAUACCUUUGUCUUUACGAUUGGAGUCACGCUUGGCUGCUCCCACAGGCACAGUAUUCCAUGAGCAUAAAACAACCGCCCAUUUGGUUGAUUCCACGCAGAAACCCACUUGCAUACGGUUCCUGACGAAAAAUCAUCACACCUUCGAUUCCCUCGAGCCCAGGACUAACCACGUCUCAUCUGUUAUACGGAGUAAUCAUUCCAAGGACGACGCAUUACCCUACCCACUUUUUGGCAAUGCGCCUACUGCUCGUUUGAAGCUACGUCCUGUCCGAUCCGGUACCCGAUCUAGCCGCUUUUGCACAAAGUCCUCCAACGGCGCUUCAGCGCUUCGACGGAUACUGGAUCUCGCUCCAGACAGUGACAACAAUGCAGAGAGUAGUCUGUCUUGGUCUUCCUAUCCCCUGUAAAAUUCGACGAACCCUCUGAGUGACGCACGGGAAUUAACCUUUCCACAGUUUUGUUUUGGGUACCGUUGCUGGUGCUGGCAUAUUUGCAUAGCUUCUGGGUGACCCACGAACAAAGGCCGUCGAACAUCACAGGUAAUUCGUCCCGGCCAAGAGAUUGUAUGCACGGCGACAUCGCGGAAUAAUCUCCGUUUCUCCGACUACACAAACGCACUUGUUGCAAGAGCUUCGAUCCUCAGUUAGCCACUCAUGCGCGCAUUCGCGCCAGAUGUUUGUUCUCCUACUCUUAGCAUUUAUCGCCUCUAGUCGAUUUUUAAUUUUUCAAUUCGUUCUACGCAACUGUUGUCGUGCUCCUCGUGCGCGCAUGUCUCGUUCAGCGAAUGUGAUUUUUCCAAAAUCAGUUGGUCAUUUCCCUCUUUCCUCGUUUCUUUUUAUACCUGUGCUUCUCAUUUCUCAGCUCACAUGCACAUCGCGAUAUCGUGUUCUUUUGUACUUACAGCAUUUGCGACCUACCCAUGCGUCGCUUCGCAUCUUCGUUCGUUGUCCAUUACUGAACGCCGUAGUAUUCACCAUCCUCAUCUCUGUGGGGCGUCAUUUUGUACACUUGUAAAUUUCCCACUCGCUUAUGAACUCCGUGCAAUUGGUAUAUUUACUACGGUUGAUACACUAAUACAAUGAGAUUGCUUUGUUUCUUUAUGCGAAUCCGUUUCCGCACGCACACAAUAAACCAAACGACAACUAAUUUAUGUUCACUUUCCAUAUAGUUUCCUGUUUGUUACGCAGCGUUUUAGCCCUGCCAACUACCUGCACUCGCUUUUCGCCUUUCAUCAUUCCUCGUAGCCAACACCGCAUACAUCGAUGGGUUUCGUCCCGGUUAUGCUUUUUGCGCCAUUCAAACCGCUCGAACGGCUUAUCCGUUGCGUUACCCGCCGUUGAAACGUCCACUCGCGGAUCCCGGUAGCUUUGUGUAUCAUUGACCGACAGUCGCGUAAACAGUGAUAAUUCUGUACUCUAUCUGUAAUGUCUAAAAACGGGUGAUACAGAUCUUA